AUGGCCGAUAUAGACAGUUUAUUUGAUUGUUUUGAAGAAAGUGCUAAGAAUGAAUCUGCUGUGCAGUUCCCAAAUGUUAAUAAAGAGGAAGAAACAAAGGAUACAACUAAAGAAACACCAUCGACUAGUUCCAAACGUCCUCACGAGGAAGUAGAGUACGCCGAUACAGCGAAAAGAGCAAAACAGGAUGAGGAAGAACAGGACCCUACUUCCGACAUAAAUGUGGAUCUUCUAAGUUCCCGAAUUCUAAUACACACACUGGAAACCCAUGAAGGCUGUACUCAUGAGGUGGCAAUACCUCCAAACCACGAAUACGCUCCUCUGGUACAGAGGACAGCAGAACCGGCCAAGCAGUACGGCUUUAUACUUGACCCCUUUCAAAAGGAGGCAAUUACAUGUAUAGACAAUUUACAAUCAGUUUUGGUCUCUGCACAUACAUCUGCAGGAAAGACUGUAGUUGCUGAAUAUGCCAUAGCACUAUCACUAAAGAACAAACAAAGAGUGAUAUACACAACUCCCAUCAAGGCUUUGUCCAACCAGAAAUACAGAGAGUUCUCAGAGGAGUUUCUCGAUGUUGGGUUAAUCACUGGUGAUGUCACUAUUAAUCCUUCGGCUUCUUGUCUCAUUAUGACAACAGAGAUUUUAAGGAAUAUGUUAUACAGAGGAUCAGAAAUAAUGCGAGAAGUUGGCUGGGUAGUGUUCGACGAGAUUCAUUACAUGAGAGACAAAGAAAGGGGUGUUGUUUGGGAAGAAACUUUAAUUUUACUUCCUGACAAUGUGCACUACGUGUUUCUCUCGGCUACGAUUCCGAACGCGCGACAGUUCGCUGAGUGGGUAUGCCGGCUUCACUCGCAACCCUGCCACGUGGUGUACACAGAGUACAGGCCUACACCAUUGCAACAUUACAUCUUCCCAGCUGGUGGGGAUGGAAUACAUUUGGUUGUUGAUGAAAAGGGUCAAUUCAAAGAAGAUAACUUCAACACAGCUAUGGCGGUCCUUAGCAAUGCAGGAGAAGCCGGCAAAGGAGACCAGAGGGGUCGCAAAGGAGGUCCUCGCGGGAACAACCAGACGAAUAUCUUUAACAUUGUUAAAAUGAUCAUGGAGAGGAACUUUGCCCCUGUUAUUAUAUUUAGUUUCAGUAAGAAAGACUGCGAGCUUUAUGCUAUGCAAAUGGCUAAAUUGGACUUUAACACAAUUGAAGAAAAGAAACUAGUUGACGAAGUAUUCAACAACGCAAUGGAUGUGUUAUCGGAGGAAGACCGCAAACUGCCGCAGGUGGAAAACGUUAUACCGCUACUGCGACGCGGUAUCGGCAUACAUCAUGGCGGACUUCUGCCCAUAUUAAAGGAGACCAUUGAGAUUUUGUUUGGGCUGGGGCUUAUUAAGGCUCUGUUUGCAACGGAAACAUUUGCCAUGGGUCUCAACAUGCCGGCCAGAACUGUCGUUUUUACGAACUGCCAAAAGUUCGACGGAAAAGAUUUCCGAUUCAUAACGUCAGGAGAGUACAUUCAAAUGUCCGGUCGCGCAGGACGUCGAGGUCUAGACGAUAAGGGUAUUGUGAUCCUUAUGAUUGACCAGAAGGUCUCUCCGUCAGUCGUCAAGGACAUGGUUCAGGGGAAGGCAGAUCCUAUUAACUCUGCUUUCCAUCUCACUUACAACAUGGUACUCAACUUGCUCAGAGUGGAAGAAAUAAACCCUGAAUACAUGUUGGAGAGGAGUUUUUUCCAAUUCCAAAACCAGGCUGCUAUUCCGGAACUUAUUGAAAAGGUUAAAACUAAGCAGAAAGAAUACGACGCAGUAACGGUGGAACAAGAACACUCAAUAGCAGCGUAUUGCAAUAUUAGAACGCAGUUGGACUUGCUUGGAGCUCAAUUUAGAUCGUUUAUUACAAGGCCUGAGUAUUUGAAGCCUUUCUUACAACCCGGUAGACUUGUUAAGGUAAAAACGGAAAAAUACGAGUACGACUGGGGUAUCAUAGUUAACUUCCGGCACCGCACCGACAAAGGCAAGAAAUCUCAAAAUUCGAAUCCGCUGACUGCCGAAACCGUGAUUGUCGUUGACAUACUGCUGCAUGUGAAGAAGGGUAGCGAGGACGACCCGGAAGCGAAUAUACCGUGUCCUCCUGGUGAGACAGGUGACGUAGAAGUAGUCCCAGUAAUCCACACACUAAUCUAUCAGAUAAGUUCUUUGCGGGUCUAUUAUCCCAAAGACUUGCGUCCUGCCGACAGUCGCAAGUCUGUACUCAAGACUAUAAACGAGGUAAAGAAGAGGUUCCCUGAGGGACCCCCUUUAUUGAACCCUAUUAAAGAUAUGAAGAUCGAAGAGCCGGUAUUUACGGGGUGUGUUGACAAGAUCAAACAGUUGGAAGAGAGGCUCUAUGCUCAUCCUCUACACAAUGACAAAAGUCGCGGCGCAUUAACAGCAACAUAUGAGCGAAAACAAGAGCUCUACGAGGAACUGAAUUCCGCUAAGGCUGAACUAAAGAAAGCCAAGAGCAUCUUGCAAAUGGAUGAACUGAAGAAACGGAAACGCGUAUUGAGAAGACUGGGAUAUUGUACUGCCGCUGACGUCAUUGAAUUAAAAGGACGCAUCGCUUGUGAGUUGAGCAGUGCAGACGAACUCCUACUAACGGAGUUAAUUUUCAACGGCGUCUUCAAUAAUCUCACUUCGGAGCAAAGUGCGGCCCUGGUCAGCUGUUUCGUCUGCGAUGAAAACACUAAUCAAGCUUCCGCUACCGGGGAAGAGCUCAGAGGAGUAUUACGACAAUUACAGGAGUACGCUCGUAGAAUAGCUAAAGUGUCAAUAGAUGCAAAAAUGGACCUGGACGAGGACGAAUACGUUUCAAAAUUCAAGCACACGCUCAUGGACGUCGUGCUAGCCUGGGCUAAAGGAGCUUCCUUUCUGCAGAUCUGCAAAAUGACCGAUGUUUUUGAAGGUUCCAUAAUACGAUGUAUGCGUCGACUAGAAGAAGUACUCAGACAACUGUGCCAAGCGGCCAAGAAUAUUGGGAACACGGACUUAGAAAACAAAUUCAGUGAAUCUAUUAAAGUGUUGAAACGAGAUAUCGUAUUCGCCGCCAGUCUUUACAUGUAAUGUAAGCAUAUUGUUACAUUAUAAUUA